AUGAGCUAUCGACUGUCGCAAAACGCACGAAACACUAAAGACUUACUUGAGGAACUUGAGCGUGAUAAAGAAUUUGAUGUGUUACGUGAGUACCUUAUGCGUUUCGAGCUGUUUCCACGACAGCGAGAUUUGGCUGCGGCACCCAUUCGUUUCGAGGAGUUAAAGGAAUUGGCAAAGCAUUGGAAUUUGCAUCGUCAACGAUAUUUUUGGAAGACAAACAGCACAAAAGAAGAACUUGCUCGUACGUUAUACCACCACAUCAAUACGAAAAUCAUUCCGCUGGAGAAUGGCGGUGGGAAAAGUAGUCAGAUCAGCGCUGUUGAAAGUACUGCGCUCAUACCGGAACCACCACCACGACAUAAUCCUGGAUCAACGAGUGAGGUACAUCGAAAACGAGCCACGAUUCGACCCAUACCACCGGAUCGAGUUUUUCGUGCUGAUAGUGUCUUUAAUGGAUACAAAGGUGACCUUUUUGGACAACGUGGAAAUUAUGAAGAUGGGAUGAUUUACUUGUCUCGCUUUCCAAAGCGUGCGGCGCUCUUCAAUACAAGAGGAAGUGGAGAUUCGGCUGUCAGCGAUAAUCAUACAAUUACAACGUUGUGUUCGAAUGAUGGACAAGACAAGAAUGACGAUAUGAAGCAACUUAGCGCAGAAAAUGUCGAUUUACUCUCUGGAACAACUCGUGAAACUCGUUUAAAACAGGAGUGUGCGUUUAGUAUCUACCACUUUUCGACUAUAACUGGCCAUGAAAAGAAAAUGGUGGCGGAAGGAUGUAUGCUAGCGCUCAGUAAAUUGACAGUAUUUGAGGAUUUAGAAGUCAAGCGCUUUUGUGCCGCGUCGAUUUUGAAUCUUUUGUGUGAGUCGCCACUUGGGAGUAAAAUGGCGGAUGAAGGCAUGCUGAUGGCUUGUUUGGAGCUUGCUAAAGUACAGCAUGAAGAAGUCCGUCGUCACACGAGUAUGGCAUUGUGUCGCUUUUCUUACGAGCGAGCGGGUCAGCUUCGACUCGUACAGGAAGGUUGCGUAUCUGCGAUUGUGUCGAUGGUCAACGUUCCAGACGUGGAAACAAAAGAGACUUGCGUGAAGACGCUCAUUAACAUCGCUUCAUCAACUAGCACGACCGUGGCUGAAAGUGUUGUGCACGUGCUCUUGAAGCUUGCCACCCGUACAGAUGUAGCCAGCGUGAAAUUUGCUGCAAAAGCUAUUGCGAACUUAUCUUUACUGAGCGGAUCCCGUGCUAAGGUUUUAGACGACGGUGUACUUGAUACAGUGUGGCAAUUAGUGCACCGAAGCAGUUCCAUAGACGACAAAGACGGUGAGACUGUAGGAAGUAUAAGGAAGCACUUAGCAACUGCAUUGUGCAAUAUGUCGGGAAUCUCGAGUAACUUGGAGCGUUUGAAUCACGCUCGAAUACUUGAAUGUCUUGUUGAGUUGCUCAAGUUUGAUAAGCCUCAAGAAGUGCGUGAACUUUCCGCUGUGACGAUUGCAAACAUUUCGUCAUAUCCGUCGUCACUCAAUAAUUUGGUGCUUAGCGAAGCUUUGAGCAAACUUGUUGAAAUUGCGACUCACCAGUCAAGCGUAUUCGAUUGUGAGAACACUGCAUUAUGUCUGUCAAACAUGGCUGCUACAGCAGACAGCCGCGCUGUGUUGACACGGAUUGGUGUCGUGCCGUUACUGCUACGAUUUGUGGAAGAAGACGGCGGAGACCCGAAUUUCAUGGCUCAACAGUUUGCUAUUUUAACACUUUGCAGUCUGCUAACACACUCGGAAACCUGUAUGGAGCUUCUCCAAAGCAACAUCUUAGCAGCGAUCGCUAAGCUCGCAAAUCGCACCCCACAUGACCGUGUACGAGACCUAUGCGCCAACGCUCUGUCUAACGCAUCCUAUAACAAGACUUUACAAGCAGCUCUAUUACACAACGAUACUAUUCACAUUAUCGUACGGCUUUGUAGACGCAAGGAAGAUACGGACGACGAAAGCGUGUCCGGUAUGUUUUCAAAGCCUGCCACACCUAUCGGAUUAGGAUCAUCGACGGUAUUGACGAGGUCUCAGGAAUGUGCACUGGUUUGUCUUUUUAAUCUUUCCUUCGUAGCCGCAAGUCGCGCUUCACUGGGGCGUUCUGACGUCGUGUCAACACUGACUCGAGUCUUUACCAGGUUGCCUGCGAGAGUUGAUGAACCAUCACGUCAAUGUGCAGCUAUCUUGGCCAAUUUAUCGUUUGACGUCGAGGCCUGCCACCGUGUGAUGAUUGAUAAUGGUAUCCGUCUAAUUCGUCGUUUCAUGACUGCUGCGACGGCCUCUGCGGUGGCAGCGGCGGCGUCAGAUGUCCCGGUCAGCGCAUCCGAGCUUGCAAUUGUCCGUGAAACGCUUCGUUGCUGUGCUACGGCGUGCUGUAAUGUUGCGGUUGAUGCACUUGAUAAGACUCCGGUAUUGGACAUGCUUAUCGAACUAUCAGGUUCGACGUACAAGCCCACGACGCUGACAUGCGCUAUAGCAUUUGCUAAAUUAACACAAAAUGCGAAAAACCGUGCCCAGCUCGCGCGUUCUGCCGAACUUUAUCCGGCACUAACACUCAUGAUGCGUUGUGGUAUUGAGGAUAUACAGAUCUAUUCAGCUGUGGCGUUGUGUAAUUUGGCAGUCGAACCGCCGACUGCAAAGCCCGUGGGUAUUCGUCACGUAUGGAAGGAAGGCACUGUAUCUGACUUCAUCGUCAACGCACUUUUGCGUAUCAAUAGUGACUCUACAAAGGAGAUUUGUGCGCGUGCUUUGUUCAAUUUGCUUACGCACGAGGAAUUACGCCCAAUGCACAUCAAAGAUGGUGUUUUGUAUGCGCUGGUGAAACUGGCGCGGCUUGAUAGUGUCGCAAUCCGCACCUUGUGCGUCACAGCACUGUACAAUAUUAGCUGUGAACCGGCACUUGUCGAAACAUUGAUGGAGCUGAAGGUCGCACAGGUCAUCACGAAGCUGUGCGAAAUGGAGUUCAGUAAUCAAAUAAAUUAUCGCAAACUUGCGGCGUGUUUGACCAACCUGGCGUCGGAGACAACCAUUUCGUCGGAUAAAAGGCCUAAUGAUGUCAGUGCGAUAUCGAGUGUAGCCGUGAGGCUAGUUGAGAGUGGGGCACUCAUUGCUUUGCUGGUUAUGUGCAAACGUGAUGAUUUUUCCACGCGACAUGCGUGUGCUGCAGCACUCUGCUCUUUAUCUGCGUAUGAUGUCAACUGCGAAGCGAUAGCGACACUUGGACUUGUAGACGUGCUUACAAAUAAGCUCUUGUCACAUGCAGAAGACACAAACACGUCCAUGGAGCGUCUUCAGCGGCAACAAAACCAAUACGCCCUUAACGCGCUUUGCAAUAUCUCGCGUUAUCCUGCACUUCACGACCGUAUCAUAGACGCUGCGGCAUUGCCUCAAACUAUACGAAUUCUUGCUGCAAAUUUGAACCAAGAAGACGAUGCGAUAGUCCUGAUCUGUGUGCAAACGCUGGACAAUUUAACAUUCCACGCACGACAUCGGCAAGCUUUGAUUACACACAAACUGGUGGCUACUCUGCUAUGCUGUGCACACACACUACGGCGUUCAACACAAGUAGGCGAUGUAUGCGCAGAGACUAUCGCUGUCUUGUGUGAAGAUCCACUCCACUGGCACGAGCUUGUAGACGCAGGUGCCGUUCGAGUUUUGCGUGAGCUUCUUUUAGAUGGUGAGACACAAUCAGUGGCCUCUCAGGCUGCGCUUCGAGCCUCUGUCUACGCAUUGAGUCAACUUGUACGCUGUGAGAAGACAGGCGAGAUGGUGCUGGCGGACGGAGCGCUAGAUGUGGUAGCACACGCACUCGAUCUUAAGGUGGAUGCAGCAAACCAAAACGCUAUUGAAAAUCGCCAAGAGCUGGCUGAACGAUGCGCUGUCAUUAUUCGGGCUUUGUCGACACAGAGUGACUCCGUUCGUCUCAUGCUAAUGCUGAAUGCGCGCCUCGUGCCACUGAUCAACACUAUCGUUAACACGUGCUCCCAUGGAAAUUACCGUCAACGUGCUGGUCAACAUGUCAUCUUGGCUUUUUACAACCUUACAUCCUGUCGUCUCAGUAUGGACGAUGUGAAUGAAGAGAAUGCAGUGGAAACCAUGCAGGGUUUGGAUACCAUGGUGAUGAACGGUGUCGUCCCGUUGCUCAUUCGCCUUUCUAAAGACGGGGGUAGUGAUAUGGCACCAGCCUGCGCAGUAGCACUUGCGCAUGUCAAGCAUCGCAUCAAAGAGCGAUUGGCAAUGAGUCAAGUGCAGAAAGACCGCAGAUUUGAACAGCGUGAGCUUCUUGAAAUGGAUGAGUUGAUGGAGGACGGUGUCGUUACGGCAUUGCUGGCUAUGUUUGAGCUGGAUACAGCCGGAAUUCAACGCGUUGAUCGCCAAGCAGCCACGAUGCCUCCAACUUUGCCUGUCCUUCGUGUUGCUACGCUUGAAGACUGGACAUUUCACGCUGGUAACUCUACGUUACCAUUUGAAAGGACUUUGCCAGUAACCUGGGACUUUUGCGAUCCUGCUAACGACGAAUUGCAAUAUGUGCCAUCGGAACCUCAAUCUUUUCUGUCACUUCUGUCACCGGUAGUCUGUGCUUCUGGAGCUACAAUCCAAGACAAACUUUAUGGUCACUUUGAGAUUCUUAAAGUAUCUCCAGAAAAAUGUCGAUUGCGACUUGAAGAUUCGCGUUUUGCCAAGCUAGCGACGGCAUUUAUCGAACCAGCUGAGUCGACGACAGAUGGAACUACUGAUCUGUCAGACGCUAUUGCCAUGGCCAUCGAUGAAGAUGAUGAUCAAGCACGUUCGAGAGCAAUGGACGACGACGGGAACGAGACGCGAACGCCUUCAUUUGUAAACAAAAAACUUACGAGUCGUACAUUGUUGGCACGAGAUGCGAGCAACAGUGAAAAUUCGGCCUUAAGUAUCAGUCCAAGUUCAGACAAUUCGGUGUUAGGACGUGUGCGUAAAACAACGUCCACACACGCAGUAACUAAUCAUUCCAGUCGUGCAUUAGUUCAAAACAAUCGCACGAAUUUGCUUGGAAAAUCUAACAGCAAUCGAAGGUUCGUGCAUGACCGUUUUAAAGAUACAAGCUCCGGUGUGAUUCUACCUAAGAUCAUUUAA